CAUAACUUGCUUAAUCCCACCGCCAUCACGAUCAGAAGCCAACGUUUCUUCUUCACAUUCAUACUUCUUCUAGAGUCAUCACUCAUCAUCAGUCAGUUCACUGAGAGACAGCACAAAGAAAGAAGAAAAGAAAAUGAUGCCAGACAUGAUGGUGCUCUCUGCGCGCAGGACGGCGCAAGUUAGCGAGGAAGGAGACGAAGACGACGAGUCCAAGACCAAAAAGCACAUAUCACUCGCACUGAGAUUCACCAACUACUUCACCCGAACCGGUUACCUAUGGCCCUCUCUCUCCCUCUCUGUCCUCUUCCUCUUCCUCUUCUCUCUCAUCCUUCACACUCGCAAUCUCGUCUGCAUUUCUCCCUCCUCUGACCCAAUUUCUCGCAUGCGAUUCUUUGGCCUCGACGGACUCGAAUCCGAUUUCGGAUCUCUCGGCGUGCCCUGGUGCAGAUCGAAACAUGGAAAAACUGUUGAAUGGACAUCCAAGGAUCUACUAAAGGGCCUGCAAGAGUUCGUACCUAUAUAUGAAACACGACCCAUCAAGAACAACAUGUAUGGGAUGGGCUUCGACCACAGCUUUGGGCUUUGGUUCAUUACUCGAUGGCUGAGACCAGAUUUAAUGAUUGAGAGCGGUGCUUUCAAGGGACAUUCUACUUGGGUUUUACGGCAAGCAAUGCCAGAUAAGCCAAUUGUGUCACUUUCACCACGUCAUCCUGAGAAAUACCUUAGGAAGGGUCCUGCUUAUGUUGAUGGCAAUUGCACGUACUUUGCUGGAAAGGAUUUUGUGGAUUUUGGGAGCAUUGACUGGGGGAAUAUAAUGAAGAAACACGGAAUUACAGAUCUCAGUCGGGUUCUUAUCUUCUUUGAUGAUCAUCAGAAUGAAUUAAAAAGGCUAAAACAGGCACUAAAAGCUGGCUUUAAACAUCUUGUCUUUGAAGACAACUAUGAUACUGGAACUGGCGACCAUUAUUCCUUCAGGCAGAUGUGUGAUCAAUCUUAUAUAAGAGGAGGUGGUCACAGCUGCUUUAAAGAUAGUGAUGAAGCUAGGAUUAGAUCAAGAAGGAAUAAGUUCUGGGAGAAGGCAGUUGAUAUAGAAGAACUAUGUGGGCCAGGUGAAGUGUGGUGGGGUGUAAGAGGUGUGAUGCGCGAUGACUUUAAUCACAGUAAUAAGGCAAUUACCUAUGCAGAACAUUUUCAGAACAGCAGGUUUGUAGAAUCAGUGCUUGAUGUUUAUUGGGAGCUUCCUCCUGUUGCUGGCCCUUCACUUACUCAUCAAACUAGAUACGAUCCUGCUCGUGUACCCUAUCCCAUCGUUGAAGAUGGCAGGUUUGGUUUGUUCCACAGGCUUGGCUUGACUAGACUCGGUACUUCUGUAUUUAACGGGUAUACUCAAAUGGUAUAUCUUCAAAUAUCCGAACAAGAAUCUUAAUGCUGUUGCAAAUAGAUGUGACAUGAACUAACCCGCUACAUCAUGAAACCUUGAGGUCAUGUCAAUAUUAUGUAUGCACUCUCCUUUCCUUGUAGGCUCGUAGUUGUUUAACAUGUUCAUUUGAUAUAUUUAAUAACUUUUUUAUAAGUUUGAUAUUUAGAAUCAAUUUCUGUGAUAUGUUAAUAUAUUGUUUUUGAGAAAUUA